UGUGAUGGAGGGAAGAUGGCUGCCGGGGAGCCGUGCGCUGCCGCGGGGAUGAAGGAAGACUUUGAGAUCAUUGACAAAACGCAGGUGCCUGACACAGCCGAGCUGAAAAACGUGGAAAAAGAAAAGGAGGAAGCGAAGUGGUCCGCUCCCAUCUUAUCGCUGGCAAAGAAAGCCUCCGAAAACCUGGCGCUGAGCUAUGGCAGCGCUCUGAAGUCUGCGGCUUCGGUAGGACUCAUAUCCAAAGCAGUCAGCAAUGACAGCACAGCAAAAACAACCGCGAGGCACCACGCCAUGGAGGAGCGCGCCAACCUCAUGAACAUGAUGAAGCUGAGCAUCAAAACCCUGAUCCAGUCGGCCCUGAGCCUGGGCCGCACCCUGGACUCCGACUUCCCUCCUCUGCAGCAGUUCUUCGUGGUGCUGGAGCACUGCCUGAAGCACGGCCUGAAAGCGAAGAAGACCUUUAUUGGACAGAACAAAUCGUUCUUUGGUCCUUUGGAGCUGGUGGAAAAGCUUUGUCCUGAAGCAUCAGAUAUAGCGACUAGUGUCAAAAAUCUGCCAGAGCUGAAGACUGCUGUAGGAAGAGGAAGGGCUUGGCUUUAUCUGGCACUCAUGCAAAAGAAACUGGCGGAUUAUCUUAAAGUGCUUUUGGACCAUAAACAUCUAUUGAGUGAAUUUUAUGAACCUGAUGCACUGAUGAUGGAGGAGGAGGGAGCAGUCAUUGUGGGUCUCUUAGUUGGACUGAAUGUCAUUGAUGCCAACCUUUGCUUGAAAGGAGAAGACUUGGAUUCUCAGGUUGGAGUGAUUGAUUUUUCUCUGUACCUUAAGGAAACACAAGACAGUGAUGGCAAACAAGAUGGAGGCAUUACUGCUGUCCUUGACCAGAAGCAUUACGUGGAAGAGCUGAACCGGCACCUAAGUUGCACAGUCACAGAUCUUCAGAACAAAAUAGACUGCUUAGAAAAGACCAACUCAAAGCUGCAGGAAGAGCUUGCAGCAGCAACUGACCGAAUUGGCUCACUGCAGGAAGAGCAGCAGCACUUAAAGCAACAAAACGAAUUAAUUCGGGAACGAAGUGAAAAAAGUGUUGAGGUGACAAAAGAGGAUACAAAAGUAGAACUGGAUACUUACCGGCAGUCCCGGCAGGGUCUGGAUGAGAUGUACAGCGAUGUCUGGAAGCAGUUGAAAGAAGAAAAGAAAAUGAGGCUGGAACUAGAGAAGGAGUUGGAGCUACAGAUUGGAAUGAAAACAGAAAUGGAAAUAGCCAUGAAACUUCUGGAAAAAGAUACUCAUGAAAAACAAGAUACCUUGGUUGCACUUCGCCAACAGUUAGAGGAAGUGAAAGCAAUUAACUUGCAGAUGUUUCACAAAUCUCAGAAUGCAGAGUGUUCUUUACAACAGAAAACAGAAGUAAUAUCUUCUUUUGAAGGAAAAACGAAUGAGAUGAUGUCUUCUAUGAAACAAAUGGAAGAGAGAUUGCAGCAUGCAGAAAAGGCAAGGCAAGCUGCAGAGGAAAGAUGCAACAAGAUGAAGCAAGAGCUUGCCAGCAGACUUGACACUUGUCGGCAGCAAAUGUCCCAGCUGGAUAGCAAAUGCUCAACUCUGGAAAAGGAAUUAAAAUCUGAAAAGGAGCAGAGACAAACUUUGCAAAGAGAACUACACCAAGAGAAGGAUGCCACCUCUCUGCUUAGAACAGAAUUGGAACAAAUGGAAGGACUGAAAAAGGAGCUGAGAAAAUUGCAAGAUGAGAAGCAGCAGCUGGAGAAAGUCUGUGAGGAGCAGGAGCAAGCUCUGCAAGAGAUGGGGCUUCAUCUCAGCCAAUCUAAGUUGAAGAUGGAAGACAUCAAAGAAGUAAACAAAGCACUAAAGGGUCACACCUGGCUGAAAGAUGAUGAAGCAACACACUGCAAGCAGUGCGAGAAGGAAUUCUCUAUCUCAAGAAGAAAGCAUCACUGCAGAAACUGUGGGGACAUCUUCUGCAACACCUGCUCCAGCAACGAACUGGCGCUGCCCUCGUAUCCUAAACCUGUCCGUGUCUGUGACACUUGUCACACCUUGCUACUUCAGCGGUGUUCAUCUAAUUCCUCCUAAGCCUCUGGUAACCUCAGAGGGACCGACUCAGCGCUGGACAAGUAGCCAUCGAUUCUGAAUUCCAGGCACCUUUGCAGCAGCGUCUGCUCUAUUUUCCAUCGUUAGGACAGGUCAGUGUGCAAGAAUGGUAGGGGUAAUGCAAGUGGGAUAACUAAAAUUGUAUUACCUGAGUUCCAUUCAAGUUCUAUUUGAGACUAAAAUGCAAAUCCAUUUUCUGAUUUUUUUAUACAGGAGAUGUUUGUAUUAAUAUUUGUAUAUGGGAUUUCUAGUUACUCAGUCCCUCUAGAAGUUACUUUUUCUGUACAUUAACUUCAGUUCCUCUGUACCCUCACUGUAGGCAUUCCUGUGACACUGGCUAACGUACAGUUGUGUAUGGGCUAAGAAAAGGAAUGUUCACUUACCAAUUGUCUAUGGAAAGAGCUUUAUGAGUGUCCAUGAAUGUGCCUUCUGUAUUCAGAGUAAAAAAACUACACCUUAACACUUGUUCUGAAAGUAGCUGUGAGCACAGUGUGGUAGCUGCACAAUAAAGUCUUUUGCAAAAAGA